UCAAAUUCCACAAUUAUGAGUGAAAAUGACGAAGAAACGACUCUAUGUAAAAACUGUCGAAGACAGAUUGGUAAAUCAAAUUUUGUAUUGCAUGAAAUGCACUGCAAAAGAAACAUUUCCCUUUGUGAACAUUGUAACGAGCCGAUUCCCAGAGCAGAAAUGGAAGUUCACUUUGAGGAGAUCCACGCCAAAAUACCAUGUCCCAAGUGUAACAAGGAAGUGGAAAAGCAGCACCUGGAAAGUCAUGAGGAAGAUGAAUGUCUCAAGAGACCAAUCAAGUGUAUUUACUGUGAAAUGGAUGUGGCAAAGGGAGAGUUAGAAGAACACCAGGGAUACUGUGGAACCCGAACAGAGAACUGCAUUCGAUGUGGACAGUUUAUAAUGGUGAAAGACAUGGCUCAGCAUGAGGAGUCCAGGUGUAACAUUAGAGAAAUCCAACCCAAGUACAACAAUAACACACCUGUGGAUAUUCCAAAUCUCCCCAGAAAUGGAGCUGUUACAACAAACAGGAGACCAGCCCCUCCAGCAGUGGAUACUUCAGAUGAUUUCCUGUUUGGAUCAGGUGAAUUAAACUCCUUCCAGAUGGAUGAGAUCCAGAGAUUAUUGGGAGUGAAUGGGAUGGGACCUUCGCAUCAGACAAGGGUUACUCCAUCCACUCGGACUACUGCCCGGGGAGGGACCCAGGCUGUUAGUAAGAGUAAGAAGAAGGAAGUCAAUAUAGAGAGGAGGAAUAGAAAUGGAGAAUUCAAUCAUAGUCAAAACCAUGACCAAACCUUUUUGCCCUGUGAAUUUUGUGGAGAAGCAUUUCCCAUUGAUAUGCUUGUUCUACAUCAGGGUUCCUGUACAGAGGACCAAUUAAGCUCACUGAUGGCAGACACCAAUCUCAGAGAGGACUCUGACAACAGAACAAACUACCCCAUUCAUCCUGCUCAAAGACCAAUCCCUAAUGUCAUUGAUAAUCUCCAUGGUUACGAUGAUGAUGAUUCUGAUCCUACAGGGUUUAUUGAUGAUGCCAUCCCAGUAGAACCACAUGAUGACCUGAUGCUUCCGUGUGAAUUCUGUGAUGAACUUUUUCCUCAAGAUGUACUUGUUCAACACCAGGCAGUCUGUGAUUCUGAUGCAUUAAAAACUCCAAGAGUGAUGUCCCCUGCAGUGAGAAUCACAGGUGCCACCCCCAAAAGAGUCUCAAACACACUCAGGGGCAAACCACAACAUACUCCAAAUAUCAAUGCAAUUAUUUACGGCAAAGAUCAUCACGCAAUCCCUCCUGGGCCUCACUCACGAGACCUGGAUCACACAUUACGGAAGUACGGAAGUUCCUCUUUUGAUGUGUAUGGUACCAGAGGUCAGCAUCAAACAAAUGAAAGUGAAAACAUUUCUCCACCAUCACCUAGAAGAUCCACUUCUAGGACCUCAGUAAGCAGUGCUGCUCGCACCAGAAAGACAUUAGGUAGCUUGCUCAGUGAUAACGACUCCCCCAUCCUGUCGUCCAGGCUGGCAGGUCCACGCAGGACAAGUGAUUCAAGGGAAGCUACUGGAUCCUUUGUUGGGUCACAAAGCUCUAGAAAGAACAAUGUGAAUUUAAAUAAUAUUGCCAAACAGACUGCAUACUCUUCGGUUAGCUCUAGUCGAGUGCCUGGUGCUGUAUCAAAAAGAAAUGAUGCAAAGAAAACAAAUACAGGAGCCAGUCGUCGAGAUUAUCUUGAUCCAGACUUAGAAGUCGGUAACCUUCGUCCAUCAAGUUAUUCCAGGUCACAAAGGAACUCGGAGGGUCAGUACCUACCCUCUACUCCCGGUCAGUCCAACGCAAGACAGAGGGACAGAACAUUCGACUAUGGUGGGGACAGGACUAGUAAAAAUAGAAAUCCAACAAAAAGAAGAGACCAGUAUUAAAAUAAAGACUACAUUUGCAUUUUGAAAAGUAGUAAACAUUUAUUCAGUUGUGAGAUAACACAAAAAACUUGAACAUCCCUUUUAGCAGUGAUCUUUAUAGAAAAGAGCUGGGUGUUUUGUUUUUUUAAAUCACUGUAGAUUCUACCCUGUGGAUCAAGAACUAGCUAAUUAGGCAUUCAUUUUUUCUUUUUUUUUUACUGGCAAGAUUAUCAGUCAUGUUUGGUUAUGAUGUGCACGAAUGGCACAGGUGUUGAUAAUGUAAUGUAAAUAUAAAGAUUUCACAAGUCAGGUGACAAUGUUUAAUUUAAAAAAAAUAGUUUUCACCUUUUUGAUUGAUUACUUGAAACAGUACAUAGAUUUAUUGGCUUUGGAUAGGGAUAAGAACCUCCGACAGCUAUAAUCCUCUGUAAAUUUACAUGUACUCAGGUUGUUAAAUAACUUCAUUUAAAGGCUACAAUAGUACCAUUGAUUUAAAGUGCAAGUUAAGGCUGCAUUGUCUUGCUGAAAAUUUUGAGAAAUGAUCAGUUAUCAUUACAUGUACUGAAUAAUAUUUUCUUUCAUUUCUGAAACAGUAAUAAGUAUCACUACAGGAAAUUCAAAAUGAGAUUCCAGUUAAGGCUUACAGGUAAACCGUUGCUUUAAUUGUACAGUUUGUUAACUGAUCUCUGUUCAAAUGAAUAGUACAAAGUAGAACCUCCUUAAUGGGAUAGGCAUUAAAGUUAGAUUUUCGGAAAUGCUAUACAUCAAUUGUUUUGGACAAAAUAACAUUUUUUAAUAAUGAUAUAUAAAUAGUUUUGGUUAGGUAUUGAUAAGAAAAAAAUUCUCUGAUGCAAAACUGUGCAAGUUAAACAUUGUUAAACAGUUGUACUAUAUGUUUUUCCACAUUUGAAAUGUGGCACAAAAUUUCCUCUGUGAUAAUUUUCUGCUUCCUUCAUAAUCAUGUUCUUCUAUUCAUGAAAUUCAUGGGUACAUUUUUUAAUUAUUUAUUUUUCUGUAUUAAGAAUUUUGUGAUCAUUUCUAAUGCAUGUUUUGUAUACAUGUUGAUUUAUACAAUGAUUUAUAUACCUUUGUUAAAAUUGUGUCAUCAGUGAGACAUCAC